AGUGGAGGUUGUUGUGGCUUCGCUGGUUGCGCGCGGAGCUGCUGCUACCGAAGCAGCGGCGCCGGCGCUGAGGCGGUGGCAGCGCCGCCGACCCUGGGCCUCUUGGCCUCUCGGCUCGCCUUUUAGCCUCGCCUGAGCCCCCCGGGGCCCGCGCCGGCCAGCGCCUGCCCUAUGAGUGUGUCACUGGUUGUCAUCCGACUGGAGCUUGCGGAACACUCGCUCGUCCCAGCCGGCUUCGGCUUCAGCGCCGCCGCCGGGGAAAUGUCUGACGAGGAGAUCAAAAAGAAGACACUAGCUUCAGCUGUAGCCUCUUUAGAAGGGAAGUCACCAGGGGAAAAAGCAGCAAUCAUACAUCAGCAUCUUGGUCGUCGAGAAAUGACCGAUAUGAUCAUUGAGACCAUGAAGUCCAACCCAGAUGAGCUGAAAGCCACAAUGGAAGAAAGGAAGUCUUCAGAAGCAUCUCUCACUGCACAGAGAAGUAAAGAUCACAGUAUAGAAUGCAUAAACGCGGCUCCCGAUUCUCCAUCCAAACAGCUUCCAGACCAGAUUUCGUUCUUUAGUGGAAACCCAUCAGUUGAAAUAGUUCAUGGUAUUAUGCAUCUAUACAAGACAAAUAAGAUGACCUCCUUAAAAGAAGAUGUGAGGCGCAGUGCCAUGCUGUGUAUUCUCACAGUCCCUGCUACAAUGACCAGUCAUGACCUUAUGAAGUUUGUCGCCCCAUUUAAUGAAGUAAUUGAACAAAUGAAAAUCAUCAGAGACUCUACUCCAAAUCAAUAUAUGGUGCUGAUAAAGUUUAGUGCACAGGCCGACGCAGAUAGUUUUUAUAUGGCGUGCAACGGCCGCCAGUUCAACUCGAUAGAAGAUGAUGUUUGCCAGCUGGUGUAUGUGGAGAGGGCUGAAGUACUAAAAUCUGAAGAUCAUAUAGCGUGUGAGAGAAGAAGAUUUAAAAUUUGGUUUUUGGCUUUUGGUUCUGUGACAGCUGUCUUCUGUGUUGAUCUCCUGGGCAGGUGUCCUGUGUGCCGCUACUGCCAGACACCGGAGCCGGUGGAGGAGAAUAAGUGUUUCGAGUGCGGCGUUCAGGAAAACCUUUGGAUUUGUUUAAUAUGCGGCCACAUAGGAUGCGGACGAUACGUCAGUCGCCACGCCUAUAAGCACUUUGAGGAGACCCAGCACACGUAUGCCAUGCAGCUUACCAACCAUCGAGUCUGGGACUAUGCCGGAGAUAAUUAUGUCCAUCGACUGGUUGCAAGUAAAACAGAUGGAAAAAUAGUACAGUAUGAAUGUGAGGGUGAUACUUGCCAGGAAGAGAAAAUAGAUGCCUUACAGUUAGAGUAUUCGUAUUUACUAACAAGCCAGCUGGAAUCUCAGCGAAUCUACUGGGAAAACAAGAUAGUUCGGAUAGAGAAGGACACGGCAGAGGAAAUUAACAACAUGAAGACCAAAUUUAAAGAAACAAUUGAGAAGUGUGACAAUCUGGAGCACAGACUAAAUGAUCUCCUAAAAGAAAAGCAGUCUGUGGAAAGAAAGUGCACUCAGCUAAACACAAAAGUGGCCAAACUCACCACAGAGCUCAGAGAGGAGCAGGAAAUGAACAAGUGUUUGCGCGCCAACCAGGUCCUCCUGCAGAACAAACUGAAGGAGGAGGAGAGGGUGCUGAAGGAGACGUGCGACCAGAAGGACCUGCAGAUCACCGAGAUCCAGGAGCAGCUGCGUGACGUCAUGUUCUACCUGGAGACGCAGCAGAAGAUCAGCCACCUGCCCGCCGAGACGCGGCAGGAAAUCCAGGAGGGACAGAUCAACAUCGCCAUGGCCUCGGCCUCCAGCGCCCCCUCUGCGGGGGGCGGGGGGAAGCUGCCCUCCAGGAAAGGCCGAGGCAAGAGGGGCAAGUGACCUUCCGAGAAACAGAGGUCCCGGAGACCGGUUUCCCCGGCACAGUGAGGGUGUGCUGGGGCUUCGCUGACUGAGCGCGGACCUUAAAUAAGUACAAGUGAGGGUGGACCGCAGUUGUCUGGAUCUUUCAUUUGCUAGCGUGCGGGGUGAUGAAGGCAGGGGCUGCGGGCUCGGAGUGCCCACGGAGACGGGCCGGGGCUUAGAAGGUGGCUGCUGUUUUCAACCGUAACAGUUCACUAACCUCAGACAUUCUGAUGACCAUUUUGCCUUCCUACUUGAGAGAAGCCCCAGCUCUGCUGCGCAUUUUUCCGUUGUAUUUAUUGAGUCUGUGUAUUUGACGUUCGGUUCUGGGGUCGGUUUAAGAUGUCAAAUUUUUUUUUUUUUUGUAACCUCGAAGGUAAUGUUCCUUGAGGUCUAGCAGCUGCUUUGAAGAGAGGUUUGCACUAGCCACUGAGGAUUUAUGAAAACUCCCCAGUGUUGGUCUGAUGUCCUUGUCAUCCCCUCCCUGCGCCUGGGAAGAAGAACUGGUUGAGUGUCAUGUGGACAGAGGCUGGGCCUGUAAACCUUUAGUCACUAGCCUGUCACAGAGCCGCUUGCUCCAGGGCCAGCCAGGAAAAACCAACCACCCCGGGGCAGGCCGAGCGGACCCAGGGUAGGGAAAAUGGCGGUGCUGCUGCGUUGUUUAUUUUUGAGGACUCCAGGCCACAUUGCGAACCUCAAGUAAAGAGGAGGCUUGAAUGGCUGCGCUAAGACUCCGAUCUCAGAGGGGAUUUCCUAGCGUGUAGCAGGGAUCGGCAAGCAGACCUCCCCUCCCCAUGAAAAUGUGUCUCGAGGCCUCUGACAAGCUGAUUGUGUAUUUUGCUGGGAUCAGUAUUUUCUGAAUGUUUACAAAAGAUUGGGCUGCAUGCUCAGGUUGCGACGAGAGGGAGCUUGGGCAGAUUUUCACUUAGGCUUUCAAGAUACAACCAAAGGCUGUUUCUAAAUCCGACAAUUAGAAUUUUUACAGGGCCCCUUUAAAACAGUCAGUGCAGUGCUCACUGUGAGCCAACAGAGGGGCUGUGUCCUUUCUCUAGAAACCUUAACGUCAAGUAAUUCGUAAUACGCAGUAAUUAAGCCAAGUUAAAGGAAGACCUGUGUUGGAAUUUAGCUUCCAGAAGGGGUAGCUGGAUAGAUGAACAAGACGUACCCUGAAAUGAUGGGUUUUGUUUUCUGCUUUAGAAUUAGCCAGAGUUUUCCAGUGAUCACAUUUUAGAAUUGUAUUUAGCCUAUCGUUAGGCCUCAUCCGUUUUGGCCUAAAUGUCCUUCAUGUUCCUUGUUAGCACAGAAACUGUAUUGCUAAUCACCAUCCAUUUUUGUGGGAUGUGCCGGAGCACUUCCCAGAAACCCUUACCUGUAACUUCUUGAAAUGAAUGUACUCAGACAUUCUCCAUUUCUACUUCGGGCAGACCAGCUCUGGAAGUGCCCCUCGGACUUAACAUAUACAGACACCUUAAAGCAAGAGUGGGAAUGUAAAGUGUAACCUAAUUCUCUUUCCUAUAGAGACUCUAUUUUAUUUAAAAUCUAUUUUUACACUAGUUAGAAUCCUGCUUUUUUGGCCAAGUACUUGUCUUGCAUGUCUGACCUUGCAGAAGCUGGGGUGGAUCGUAGCAUACUAAUUACGAGAAUUAGAAGUAGUUUACAAAGCCUGCUCGCUCCUCAUUUUCCCAUGAUCACCUCCACCAAGCAGCCCUGCCACCAGGUUGGGGAACAGAGAUUUGCCUACAGGUGGGAUAAUCGUCCUGAAAGGCUGUGCCCAGAGGACUGAGCAGAUAGGCAAAUGUUUCCAAACUACUUGAAGGUUUAAAAAUGUUUUCCAGAAAAAAAAAAAGCAUCUUAUCAAGAUACAUAAAGUGUUUUUGAAAAAGGUUAAAGAGUCAUGUUUGAAUUUGACAAAAUUACAUAAGAUAGAAGCUGUUAGUAUUUUCUUCAAGAUGGAAAUGAACCACUUAAUAUAUCCGUACUACCUUGAACAAUGAAAUUGCAUUAAAAUAACCAAACUUUGAAGUGA